CCCCGAGGGGGAGCGCGGGUUGGUUGGGCUGACACAGCUCCGAGGCUCCGGGGAGCCAGGAGGAGGAACUACCUGCUGGCGCCAGGUGAAGCAGCCUCCGCGCGGGAGAGAGGCAGGUCGGGCUAGGCUCGCCCUUGAAAAGCGCACAGAACACCUGCUUGGCUUUUCCUGGUCCUUUUAUUUUUUUGCAAGGAAACGGCACCCGGACGCGCAGUUUACAGGAGUUGAGGGGUCGGUCGGUUGCCCAGUGGGCUUUUCUCUCUCUUUCUGGGCUUGAACCGGCAGUUAUAGAGUUAAGAAGGCCUCCCCCCUUCCCUCCCCUUGCGCGGGUAUUGAACGCGCGCGCCCUCCCUUUCUGACAUUGCAAGGGAGGAGAGGGCAGGAGUUGGGUGGCGGAUAUCUUCCUCCACCUGUUGCUGGUUCAGGGUCAAGGGGGCGGGGAGAUAAGAGCCAAGUGCUGCAGGAACCGGGACCACCGCGCCCAGUUUCUGUGUUCAAGCCCAGCCCCCAUUCCCUUCCGCUCAAUUCGAAGGAGGGAUGUUGGGAACAAACUUUGCUGGAGCAGUGGUCAACACAAGAUGCAGUUUAUACUGCUCUUCAGCCGACAAGGGAAAUUAAGACUCCAGAAAUGGUUUAUUACACUGCCUGAAAAAGAGAAGAAGAAGAUCACCCGAGAAAUUGUGCAGAUUAUUUUGUCUCGCAACCAGAAAAUGAGCAGUUUUGUUGACUGGAAAGACCUCAAGCUUGUUUACAAAAGGUAUGCUAGUUUAUAUUUCUGCUGUGCAGUUGAAGAGCAGGAUAACGAACUCUUGACCCUAGAAGUUGUCCAUCGUUAUGUAGAGCUAUUGGACAGAUAUUUUGGCAAUGUGUGUGAACUGGAUAUUAUUUUCAAUUUUGAAAAGGCGUACUUUAUCCUUGAUGAGUUUCUGAUGGGAGGGGAAAUUCAAGAGACUUCCAAAAAAUCUGCAGUGAAAGCUAUAGAAGAUGCUGAUAUGUUACAAGAGACAAUGGAAGAAUAUAUGAGCAAGCCUGCCUUCUAACUAGAACCUACAUAAACGGAAAACGAGGCUGCAUACCAAUGGUAUAUGCAAAAAUCUGCCUGCUCCUGGAUUUUAUUUAAACAAUGAACCCCUCCCACCUCAAACCCUCCUGAAGGGGGCUGCCUAUGCAAUAGUCAAGAUGAAGGUCAGCCACAAUAGUGCAAACAUGUGUUCUAUUUUAUAGGAGCACGAUAGUAAACUUUCUUGGCUGUCCUGAUUGAAUGUUUGUUUCUACGGCAAUUUUUAGCUACCUGCCUUUCACUUCCAAGGAACGGAUACUAGAACACUUGAAGGAUAUAUUUAUAUGACUUUGGGUCACUUUUUGACCAAUUCAGUGUAAUUUUGUAAAAUAAUAAUGAUAAUGAUAAUGAAUCAACCAAAAACAUUUAUUUUGAAUGUGGUCAUUUUUCUUGGAUUAAUAAUAAACAUUUUGCAAAAAUGUUGAAGUGCUGAUGGAUUCUCAUUUUCGGAUUGCUCUGAAAGCAGGCUUCAGUGCCGGAUUUACGUAUAAGCUAAACAAGCUAUAGCUUAGGGCUCCACUCUCUUGGGAGCGCCCCCCCCCAAUUUCACUAUUAAUAUACGGUACUACUUCUAAAUUGUAUUUCAGUUCAACAAUUACUUUGCUAAAAUACAUAUUUUGUUAUGUGCAAAUGACUUUAGAUACCUAUUAGGUCCAUAAAUUACCAUAUAGCAUAUAUUCAACACAAAAAAACAGUGACAAUUUGUUGUUGACAAAGGAUGCCUUCUAAAGGUCUGGUAAUUGUUGUUCUCUUUGACCUCUAGUGGGAGGGCAUUCCACAGGGUGGGUGCCACUACCGAGAAGGCCCUCUGCCUGGUUCCC